UCGCCUCAGUGAGGCCUGAGAUUCUCUCGAACAGGAGUUUUGCUUCCCAUGACGCAGAGCAAAGUAGCAACUGGGAUAUUUCUGGUAAAACUGAAAGCAAGAAAAGCGGGGUGCCGGCCCCCGUGGGACUGUGGGUGGGGGUAGGGAGUUUAGGUGCCAUCCUCAAGUGACAGAUGGAUGGAUCUCUCAUCUGAGAGAAAGGAGGAGACACGUUGGCAAAUCAACCUCAAACCUAAGAUUGCUUGUGAAGCAAUCCUAAGAGGGAAACCAGACCCAAGCUAGAGGAAAAGAUCGGAAAGGCAAGAAAGGCGUGGAUUGCGACAAACUCUUUGCUUCGCCAGCUACUCAUCCAAACCAGAAGCAAAAUGUCCCUAAAGUUGCCAAGGAACUGGGAUUUUACCCUGAAAGUGGAGGCUGCGAAAAUAGCUCGGUCAAGGAGCGUGAUGACCGGCGAGCAGAUGGCAGCCUUCCAUCCGGCGUCCACCCCCAACCUGCUGGAAAGGCCCAUCAAGAUGGGCUGGCUGAAGAAGCAGAGGUCCAUCGUGAAGAACUGGCAGCAGAGGUACUUUGUGCUGAGGGCACAGCAGCUCUACUACUACAAGGACGAGGAGGACCUGAAGCCGCAGGGCUCCAUGUAUCUACCAGGAAGUACGAUCAAGGAGAUUGCCACAAACCCAGAUGAAGCUGGCAAGUUUGUCUUUGAAAUCAUUCCAGCCUCAUGGGACCAAAAUCGGACAGGACAGGACUCCUACGUCCUCAUGGCCAGCUCCCAGGCGGAGAUGGAAGAGUGGGUUAAAUUCCUCAGGAGAGUUGCUGGCACGCCCUCUGGAGCGGUAUUUGGCCAGCGCUUGGAUGAGACUGUGGCCUAUGAACAGAAAUUCGGGCCCCAUCUGGUGCCCAUCCUGGUGGAGAAAUGUGCAGAGUUCAUCCUGGAGCACGGCCUGAAUGAAGAGGGCAUCUUCCGCCUGCCAGGGCAGGACAACCUGGUGAAACAGCUGAGAGAUGCUUUUGAUGCCGGGGAGCGGCCCUCCUUUGACAAAGACACAGAUGUGCACACUGUGGCCUCCCUGUUAAAGCUCUACCUCCGAGACCUUCCAGAGCCUGUGGUUCCCUGGAGCCAGUAUGAAGGGUUCCUGCUUUGCGGGCAGCUCAUGAAUGCAGAUGAGACAAAGGCUCAACAGGAGUUGAUGAAGCAGCUUUCUAUCCUUCCUCGUGAUAACUACAGUCUUCUGAGCUACAUCUGCAGGUUCCUCCAUGAAAUCCAGCUGAACUGUGCUGUUAACAAGAUGAGCGUGGACAAUCUGGCAACUGUGAUUGGAGUGAAUCUUAUCAGGUCAAAGAUUGAAGACCCUGCUGUGAUCAUGAGAGGAACUCCUCAGAUCCAAAGAGUGAUGACCAUGAUGAUAAGAGAUCAUGAAGUCCUCUUCCCCAAGUCCAAGGAUGCACCCCUGUCACCCCCUUCCCAGAAAAGUGACCCCAAGAAAGCUCCAGUGGCCCGAAGCUCUGUGGGCUGGGAUGCGACAGAAGAUACUCCAAUUUCUAGGACAGACAGCUUCAGUAACAUGACAAGUGACUCUGAUGCAACUAGCCCCACUGGACAACAGCCGAGUGAUGGUUGUCUGGAGGAUACCAGCAAAGCCCUCAGAGAAAAGCUAGGAGAUUGGAAGGUGCAAUCUCGAAAACGGACUCAAACUCUCCCUAACCGGAAAUGUUUCUUGACAUCAGCUUUUCAAGGUGCCAACAGCAGCAAAGUGGAGAUAUUUAAAAAUGAGUUCUGGUCACCUGCAGAGGUGAAGGCAGGGGAAGGGCACAGGAGAACAAUGUCUCAAGAUCUGCACCACCUUUCUGACCCCCAGCGGACUUCUACCUACGAUAAUGUCCCUGCCCUGCCAGGGUCGCCUGGGGGAGAAGCGAGUGAGCAUUCCUCCCAUGCCUGUGACUCAAAAAGAGAUGCUCCUGCCAGCCCAGACUCUGAAAGUGGGUCUGGAAAAAAGAACUCUGGAGUAGAAGAACUUGAUUCUUUGCAGAAAAUGGUCCAGGAGCUACGGAAGGAAAUAGAAACACAGAAGCAAAUGUAUGAGGAACAGAUUAAAAAUCUUGCCAAGGAAAAUUAUGAUGUCUGGGCUAAAGUGGUGAGACUCAACGAAGAACUGGAGAAAGAGAAGAAGAAGUUUGCAGCCUUGGAAAUCAGCCUCCGCAACGUAGAACGCUCCCGGGAGGAUGUUGAGAAGAGGAACAAGGCCUUGGAAGAAGAAGUCAAAGAAUUUGUAAAGUCCAUGAAGGAGCCUAAGACAGAUGUUUGAGAAUCCCAAGGAAUACCACAGGGACAGCCAGAGAGGCCAGCUCUGCUCCCUUUCUUGGUGCUACCUGAUGACCAAGAAGCAAAAUUACCCCCUAAGAGGGAAAAGACAUUUGGAGGACAAACACCACAUUUCCCAGUAAAUAAAUUGAUGGAGUUUUUAAGAAGAUGAAGGUGAACAGAGACACACGUGGACAUCUGUAACGACCUGUUGCUUUUUCACAAAGACUACAUUAUUCCACCAUGGUCUCAGGCAGAGUGAAAUGGAACCUUCCACAGCUGGAUUACUGAACCUGAUGGAGGCAUUUGAGGCUGGUAUAUCUCAGGACCCAGGCAACAGGCUAGCCUUAUCCUGAGGCUGGGCCCAAGUGUCAGGUCUUUGGGUUUUUUUUUUUUUUUGUGUGUGUGUGUGUGUGGGACAACUCAUUUAGUCAGGUGGACCCAGGAUGUCUCUGAGACAUGGGCAGAAAAUGCUAUUUGGUUUUCAUGUGCUCACUCAUGGAGUGCCAUGUUUUGGGAAGCCAUACCUACAGAAACCAGAGCCAGACCAUGAUGCACGUUACCUAGGGCUUCUCAAAAUUAUUCAGACUGAGACAAAACAAAUAAUAAACUGUAUUUAUGAAAGCAAAAUCAAUGAGAAAAUUAUAUUCAAAUAAAGGAAAAACCCAG